AUGUCAGCUUUAUCCUUUCUGCAUUCUCAGUUGUUCAUCACACCUCCCCUUCCGACGUCCAACUUCAGCGAGCAGACCAUCAUUGUCACAGGGGCCAACAGAGGCAUCGGGCUCGAAGCGGCUCGCCAUCUACUCCGGCUCAAUGCCAAGCGCGUCAUCUUGGCCGUUCGAUCAACGACCAAGGGGCAAGAUGCCGCGCGCGAACUCGAGGCAUCUACGAUGCGUGCCGCCGGAUCAGUGACAGUACAGGAGCUAGACAUGGCAUCGCAUGCCUCCGUCGCGGCCUUCGCCCAGCGCAUGGGUAGUCUAGACAGGCUCGACGCCGUGAUCUUGAAUGCCGGCAUCUAUACCAAUUCUUUUGCCAAAGCCGAUGGGUUCGAGAGCCACCUAACUGUCAACGUCAUCAACACCUUCCAUCUCGCGCUCUUAUUGCUCCCGACCCUAAGGUCUUCGGCGAGGGCACACAACUCACCCUCUCGGAUCAGCGUCGUGUCGUCUGAUCGCCAUGUCAUGUUUCCCCUGCCGGCGUGGAAGGAAAAGGAUAAUCUGUUCGAUAUCCUCAGCGUCGAGAAGACGGCGAGCAUGCAAAAACGCUACAUGAUCUCAAAACUGAUGCAGGUCCUGCUCGUCCGAGAAUUAGCAGCCAAACUCAAGAGCUCCGAAGUCAUCUUGAACUCUCUGACGCCCGGCUACUGCGACUCGGGUCUCAUUGACGACAUAACAGGGCCCACCCGUUUCGUGCUCGACUUGCUCAUGAGAGCGACCGCCCGGACGGCCGAGGUCGGCGGUCGCACGCUCGUGGCUGCCAUCGUCCCGAAUGAGGAGAGCCACGGGCGGUAUCUCAACGAUGCGCUUGUUGACGAUUCGGCUCUUUCACCCUAUGUGCGAAGUGCUGAAGGGCGUGAGUCUGGCAGGAGGCUGUGGCAAGAUUUACUCGACGUUCUGGGACGGAGAGGAGAGACUAUCGUGUCUCUUCGCUCAUAG